UCCGAGCCGGGAGCGUGCGUGUGUGUACCGGCCUGCAAUUGAAGCACUCCGCCGUCCGGAGGUCUAAGGUGGGCGGAGACUUGAGAUCGAGGUCCUCCUGUGUGCAGAUAGAGACACACCGUGCAUUUUUGAGACGGCACCCGCACACCCGUCCGAGGAGGAAACAUCAUGGCAACGACUACUUGCACACGUUUUACAGAUGAAUACCAGCUGUACGAGGAGCUUGGCAAGGGGGCCUUUUCAGUGGUGCGUCGCUGUGUCAAACUUUGUACAGGCCAAGAGUAUGCAGCCAAAAUCAUCAAUACCAAAAAGCUCUCGGCCAGAGACCAUCAGAAACUGGAGCGGGAAGCCAGGAUCUGCAGAUUGCUAAAGCAUCCCAACAUUGUUCGUCUUCAUGACAGUAUCUCUGAGGAAGGCUUCCACUAUCUCCUCUUUGACCUAGUGACAGGAGGGGAGCUGUUUGAGGAUAUUGUGGCUCGAGAGUACUACAGUGAAGCUGAUGCAAGUCAUUGCAUCCAGCAGAUCCUGGAGGCCGUGCUCCACUGCCAUCAGAUGGGUGUGGUUCACAGAGAUCUCAAGCCAGAAAACCUGCUGCUGGCCAGCAAAUGUAAGAAUGCAGCAGUCAAGUUGGCUGAUUUUGGACUGGCCAUUGAAGUGCAAGGAGACCAACAGGCUUGGUUUGGCUUUGCGGGCACUCCCGGCUACUUAUCUCCAGAAGUGCUGAGGAAAGAAGCAUAUGGUAAACCUGUAGACAUCUGGGCAUGUGGUGUGAUCCUCUACAUCCUUUUGGUUGGGUACCCUCCGUUCUGGGAUGAGGACCAACACAAACUCUACCAACAGAUCAAAGCUGGAGCAUAUGACUUUCCCUCCCCAGAGUGGGACACAGUGACUCCCGAGGCUAAAAAUCUGAUCAACCAGAUGCUUACUAUUAAUCCAGCCAAGAGAAUCACUGCCCAGGAGGCUCUGAAGCACCCAUGGGUCUGCCAACGCUCAACGGUGGCCUCAAUGAUGCACAGACAGGAGACCGUCGAGUGCCUAAAGAAAUUUAAUGCCAGGAGGAAACUCAAGGGUGCCAUUCUUACCACCAUGCUUGUCUCCAGGAACUUCUCUGUGGGCCGUCAGACUACAGCCCCUGCUGCUGUCAGCGCUGUAGCAGGAACCACAGCUGGCAUCGUGGAACAAGCAGCCAAGAGUCUCCUCAACAAGAAGGCUGAUGUCAAGCCUCAGACAAACAGCACGAGAAACAGCAUAGUCACCAGUCCCAAAGGCAACAUCCCCUCUGCUGCACUGGAACCUCAGACUACUGUUAUCCAUAAUCCAGUAGAUGGGAUCAAGGAAUCAUCUGAUAGCAACAACACAACUAUCGAGGAUGAAGAUGUGAAAGCUCGCAAACAGGAAAUCAUAAAGAUCACAGAGCAGCUUAUUGAAGCUGUCAACAAUGGAGACUUUGAGGCCUACGCGAAGAUCUGCGACCCUGGUCUGACCUCAUUUGAACCUGAGGGGCUGGGAAAUCUGGUGGAGGGAAUGGACUUCCACAGAUUUUAUUUUGACAAUCUCCUCUCAAAGAACAGCAAACCUAUCCACACCACCAUCCUUAACCCCCAUGUGCAUAUAAUCGGGGACGAUGCUGCCUGCAUCGCCUACAUCCGCCUGACGCAGUUCGUGGAUGGCCAGGGCCAUCCUCGCUCAAGCCAAUCAGAAGAGACCAGGGUAUGGCACCGCAGGGACAGCCGGUGGCAAAAUGUCCACUUCCACUGCUCAGGAGCUCCUUCUGCCCCGCUGCAGGGGUGAGGCAUUUUGAGGAGGCAGAGCAGAAAAGUAACGAGCAGAUAAUCACAGAGAAAGAAGCAGCACUGAGAGAGAGGUGCAGGUGGAUGUGUGGUGGGGUUAAAGGAAUCUGAUUUUGAGAUUGUGGUCAUGCUCCUGCACUCUGCACACCCACUUCUUUCUCUCUCUCCCUGAACAACUUCGACAACAGCAGACAGUAAUAGCAGUGCUCCCAUCUUCUGACAGCAGAGGACACAUCAGCUACAACAUUAAACUCUUGUAACUCUUCGGCCUGCCUACAGCAAACAAAAAAGCUAUUGUUCCUUCCUAUUGUUACUUCUAGUAUAAUUAUGGCCACCGUCUGUCCCUGUGUUCUUUCAACUGUACAGUCUAUUUAUUAUCCAUUUUAAUCCUUUCUUCUUUUUUAUGACAAUGCAUGAUUCCUACCUGUGUUGUCAUUAGCAGUGGCUGUUCUGCACGACUUAAGGCUGCCUGUGUGAAAUGAACAAUCAGUAUCACGUGUCUCACACAAAGAGUCUGGUGGGUGUAUUUUAUUAUGACUUUCAUUUUGUUGUGCAACAGCACAACAAAAUUAAUUAAUUAAUUAAUUAAAUUUAUUUAUUGGGUGUUUAACUCCCCACCACCCCAUUCCUCAUCCCUCACGACCCCCAGCCACUCAGUCAGACAGUGAAAACCAUGCAGCAUGCUAAGAUGUUACUGUUGUUCUUAACUGAUAUUUAUGUACUGAACAUUGCAAGUUAACUACUGAAACUAUGGUUGAAAUGUUGAAAUAUCCCAAUUUUUAUGUAAAUUUCCAGUUUUAUUGUGGUGACUUAACUACAGUUACGCUGUUGAUGGUAUUUAAUUGCAUGAUAUUCCACGUUAAUGCAUUUGGUAAAACGGUUGUUGUCGUGCAUUUUCUGGGUUUUUUUUGGGGGGGGUUGGUUUUUUUUUGCACUGCUGGUGAGCUAUAAUCUGCUGCCUCUACUUUCUGGAUUUCUAAGUGCAUAAACUGUUUUUGUUGACAUGACAAUGUAGUAUAUGAGGAUUCUGGUGAUGACCAUGACAGAAUAUGCCCUUCCUCAGUAAUUGUUGGGCCCAGGCUCUUUACUGUUUCAAAGGCAACAACCAAAAUCUUAAAUGAUCAUUUUUGAUUUAAUUUAUUGGAACCUGACUGAUGUAAAAGGUGACAACUUAAACUCAACACAAGGGUGUGUGGUUAUUACUUUUGAUUGCAAUAAUUAAAUUAGACUUCAUAUGUAAAAAAGGCCAAGGUCAAAGUUCCCAAAGUGAAAUCAAAGUUUGUUUUAAUUAUGUGGUCAUUUAAAACCAUAUUUUAAUCAUCAGUUUUUGCUUUGGGUGGCUGUGGUUCAGGAAUUAGUGCAGGUCAUCUACUAACCCGAAGGUUAAUAGACAGCCUAUUAGAACACAACCUCUUCCAGUUCAAUGUCUGGCUCCUCUACUUCCACAUGGCAAGAUACUAAAUCUUAAAAUGCAUCCAUCUGAAUUUUAGGUUAAAUGUGUUUAGGUAUAGAAAAAGACACUUGUAUAGAUGUGUAUAUGAAUGAGAGUUGUGGUAAGAAAGUGUUGAAAUAGAAUAGAAAAGUGCUAUAAAAGUACCAGUCUGUUUUUAACAUUUUUCUGUUGAGGGUUUCUGUCCCUGUACAAAAAAACAAGUAUCUCUAAAACCUUUCUCAUCUUAUAAAAUGCAUUUCUUUGAUGAUUGGGUUAGUCAGUGAGAGGUAGGAGGAUUGUAUUAAGAUACAGGGGAAUCCUUAAAGGAUUGCAUUUUGUCACAUUUUGACAAAAGUGUACAGAUACAACUCAACAAAGCUAACAUUUACUUCUCCUUCCGCAGGAUUAGCAUUUAAAUAUGGUAACAUUAUGCUCUUGUGUCGUAAUUUGUGACUGAGAAAAAGGAAAGCUGAAAAAGAAUUUUCUGCUGCUCCUUACACAUCGUGUGUGAGGCCUUUCACUUGGGAGGCAAAUGUGUAAACCACUACAGUUAUGGAGCCUUAAACAGCUGCCUACCAAGCAGAAUGCAGGAAACACAGACAGCUAUUGAUGAACACAAAAGAGCAUUUAACACAUAAAGUGACAGAUAUUUAAAAAAAUAAUAAUAAACUAAAAGAGAGUAAAAGUGAAAUUGACAAUUAUAUGAUAAAUCUUCCAGAGUUGCAUUUGAACGUUUUGGAAUAAGAACAUACAGUCACUCUCUCAUUUUUUAUGUAUAAACCUCAGUUUUUCUCCGGUCUGGAGACGUGAACAGGAACGACUUACUGUAUUUCAGAAUUCAUAAAAGGGUCCUCCUUUCCCAUAAAGCCCUAAUUUUCACUUUGUCCUUACUCUUGCAGAGCUGUGGCUGACCUAAAACAAGAAGGUUUUAACAUGUGGAAAUAUGGAAAAGUCAAUUGACAUAUUUGUAAAAGAAAACAGUGUCUUGCGCACACACAUACAUUAUUACUUCUAUUUCAAGCACUAAGCAGAGUCUCUUUUAUAUAUGUUUACAAAUAUUUGUGUGUAAUGUCUAAAUCACAAAAUUUUACACAGUUUUUCCAGGACAUUGAUUCAACACACAGGCAGGAAUGAAAUUUGAAAUGGACUGGUUUGGAAAUAGUGUUUUUUUGCACUACUUAAGCACUCGAAGCGCUUUAUACAGCUUGCCUCAUUUACCCAAGGACUUUUUUUGAUGCCAAAGUGCCUUUUUAUUGAACAUUUAUACUCCAAUGAACGGAUUGGAGGGCAACUUACCUACUUGAGGAUACUUUGGCAUGGAGAAGCCAGAUUUCAAAAAAACAAACCUUCUCAUUAGUAGAUGACCUGGUCUACUUCCCGAGCAACAGCCACCCCUCAAUGUUAGUGAGUAAAACCAAAAUAUUAGGUAGAAUAUCAAAUCCUUUAGUUUUACAAUAUCUCCCAGAAAUAUCUAGUGUCAUUUGCUGUAUUUUCCCUUAAUGAUCUAACUUUCUGUCCUCGAGGGGGCAUCAACUUCUUCAAGCUUGACAUUUAGACUGACUACAGGAUUAAAGUACAUACAUGAUGAUUGAAUGUGAGAAGAAAAAUACUGAAGAUUAAAGACAGGCUUAUACAGGCUGUCAGAUAAAGCACUGAGCUGGUCUGUUUUAGGACAUAUUCACAAUAUUGUCAAAUUACUUUAGCUCACUUAACAAAUAGUAUAGAACAUGAUAGCUCCUAGUUUGAUCCUUCAAAUAUCACAUACACAGUAAAGCUUAAAUGAUUGGUUGAAUCAUCGCAGGACGAUGACUGGAAAGAUCAAAUCAUGGAAGUGGUUUUCAAAGAAAACUAUAAAAAUUAGCUGGUUCCAGCUUGUCACCUAAUGGAGAAAAGAAACCAAUUAUUAUGAAAUAUUAAAAUAUACAUAUAUAAUUUUAUAAAGUGAACUAAAGAAAAAUGUAUUAGAAAGAUAACUUUGUGCUUCUUACAACACUAAGAUAUCAAACCUUAGGUACUAAGUGGUGAUGUAAAAUACACCAUCUACUAGGGUAAAUGUAUGGGCAUACUGGCAAUUCACAAUGUAAUGCUUCUCACCAUCCAUGCUGAUCAUGAUGUAAAAUAAAGAAAUAUGCUUUCAAA